AUGGCAGAUCGUGUAUAUCCCGCCGCCAAACCCAUAACCAACGGCAACGGAAACGGUAACGGUGUCUCCGCCGCAAACCCAUCAUUUCCAGCCACAAAAGCUCAACUCUACGGUGCCACCCGCCCUACCUACCGUCCUCAACCUCACCACCGCCGUACCCGCCGCCGUUGCUGCUGCACCUUCUUCUUCUGGUUUUUCCUCAUACUUCUCAUCCUCCUCCUCCUCCUCGGCGUAACCGGCACCGCUUUCUACCUCAUCUACCGUCCCCACCGUCCUUCCUUCACCGUCACAUCUCUCAAACUUUCCUACCUCAACCUCACCUCCUCCUCCACCCUCAACUCAAAGUUCAACGUCAACAUCACUGCAAAAAACCCUAACAAACAUAUCACCUUCGUUUACCAACCAACCACCAUCACAAUUCUCUCUAACAACAUCAACAUCGGUGAAGGAACCAUACCAUCUUUCAAACAUGGCAAGAAGAACACUACUCUUCUAAAAUCUUCCAUUUCGAGUACUGGUCUAGCAUUAGAAUCAGAAGCUUCCACGGAGCUGAAGAAGAACAUGAAGAGCAAAAACGGUUUAGCGUUGAAAGUGAAGUUGGAUACAAAAGUGAAGGCUAAAAUGGGAAAAAUGAAAACACCUAACGUUGGAAUAAGAGUUACAUGUGACGGUGUUAGAGUUCAUGUUCCUGUCGUCGGUAGUAAGAAACCAGUAACGGCGUCAACUUCGAACGUUAAGUGUGAUGUUGAUGUUAGGUUUAAGAUCUGGAAAUGGACCGUUUAA